AUGGAGCCGACGGUGAAGCGGUAGCGACUGUCGCCUCAGCGAGUCAUGUUUAUAUUUUGUCUUUACAACGCUUUCCAGUCCACAAGAAAACACUCCGGCUGACCGGAGGAAAACCUAAAAUGUACAGCUUCCAAUAUCUGCCGGUCGUUCUCUGAUAAGUGACUAAAGAGAUACCGGUCAUGGCUGGAUUGAUCAAGAAACAGAUCCUGAAACAUCUCUCCAGGUUUGCUAAGAACCUCUCUCCAGAUAAGAUUAAUCUGAGCACUCUGAAAGGGGAGGGCCAGCUUACCAACCUGGAGCUGGAUGAGGAGGUGCUGCAGAACAUGCUGGAUCUGCCCACCUGGCUCGCCAUUAAUAAAGUCUUCUGCAAUAAAGCCGCCAUCAGGAUACCAUGGACCAAGCUAAAGACUCAUCCAAUCUCUCUGUCUCUGGAUAAAGUUGUCAUGGAGAUGAGCACCUGUGACGAGCCGCGCUCUCCCAACGGCCCAUCACCCAUAGCAACAGCCUCGGGUCAAAGUGAAUAUGGUUUUGCAGAGAAAGUGGUGGAGGGCAUCUCUCUCUCUGUGAACUCCAUAGUGAUUCGCAUCAGCGCCAAAGCCUUCAAUGCAUCCUUCGAGCUCUCGCAGCUUCAGGUCAACAGCGUCAACACCAGCUGGACCACUGGUGACCUCCGAUACACACGAAUCCUGGACCCCACACGAGGAGAGAUCCUAACGUUUAAGGAAGUGAGCUGGCAGAUGAUCAGAAUUGAAGCAGACGCCAUCCAGAACACUGAACAUGAGGUCGUCAGUGCCCCAAUACGCCUCAUCACCAACCAAUCGAAGAUCAGAGUCACUUUAAAAAGAAGGAUGAAAGACUGUAAUGUGAUUGCAUCAAAGCUGAUUCUGAUCCUGGAUGACCUGCUCUGGGUGCUGACGGACUCUCAGCUCAAGGCUAUGGUGCAGUACGCUAAGUCUCUCAGUGAAUCCAUGGAGAAAUCAGCUGCACAGAGAAAGACCAUGGCCCCUGACACUACACAGGUGACACCGGCGCCCCCCACAGCCCAGCAGGUGCGCACGCAGCAGGCUUCAGCCGCGGCUGAUCAGAGUGCUUCCAUGGCACGGCUCUUCACCUCCUAUGAUGUUCGUGAGACGUCACACCACCUCCAGAUCACACACUUGGACCUGCAUAUCUGCGAUGACACCAAUGCCAAGGACAGAGGAAUUAAUAAGAGAUUAGAUGGUGGUGCAAUGCAAUUGUCUUUCAGUUCUAUCAGCUUGGACUAUUACCCCUUCCACAAAGCUGGUGAGGGCUGUAUGCACUGGAUGCACUAUGGCGAAGCAACCAAAUCUCGUGAGACCUGGGCGCGUUCUCUCCUGGACGAGUUUAAGUCUAAUGUGGAUAUGCUGAAAAACGCAGUCAGCGGACAGUCCCAGAGCUCCCCUCAGCACGGAAAGAUCUCCACCAGCUCCAGCACUUCCUUCUCACCCCCACCUCCACCGAGAACUCAACUCAUGUCCAGCUCAAUUGUGCUGCGGAUGGCAGACUUUAGCAUCUAUCAGGUGUCUUCAGCAGACCAGCCACGCUCUAGUCCUCAAACCAUGAUAUCCUGCAAUAAGAAAUCCCUCUAUCUCCCCCAAGAGAUGCCGGCUGUUCACGCCGAAUUCACGGAAUACUACUUCCCAGAUGGCAAGGACUAUCCAGUCCCUUGUCCCAACCUCUAUGUACAGUUGAACGCACUACAACUGGUGCUUGACUCGAGAAGUCUUGUUUGGCUUAAUCUGUUCGCACUGGACCUUCGGCAGAGUUUGGAGCAAUUCAUGGAUCUGUACAAACUCAAUGACUCGCAGAAACCUGAAGAACAUGUAGAUAUCAGAGUGGAUGGACUCAUGCUUAAGCUGGUGAUCCCUGCAGACCAUGAGAAGACUCAACCUGAUCAGCCCCGUUCUGUGUCAGUGCAGACCUCAGAGAUGGUAGCAACUAACACGCGUCACUCUUCAGCAUGCUCGCGAUCAAGUCUGGAAUCCCUCUUACAGGCCUUCCAGGAGCAACCCUUCUUCACCUCCCUCUCUUCUACCUUCCCUCGAGCCCCAAGCUCCUUCUCUGUGCUCCAUUCUGUCUUCCAGCGGCACGCUCAUGAACAGGACACCCGUGUUCAUGAUGUGUACCGUGGCCUCGCUCCACCAUCUCUCUCCACCAAUGCCCUCAAAACACCAGCAGCCACCGACCUGUGGGCCAUGCAUUUCUCUCAGUUCUGGGUGGACUACGAGGGCUCCCGCAGUGGCCGAGGUCGUCCAACACCUUGUGUGGAUUCCUUUCCUCUGACACUUUGGGUAUGCCACCCUGCCCGAUACACACAGCACCAUGAGCGACUCAAAGUGGGGCCAGGACUGUUGCCUCGGAGUGAGUCAGCAGAAAUGGCCAAUCGUCUGCAGAGGAAGAAGCUUCUUAAAGAGUACUACAGCGCUAAUGCAUCUCCCAGUGACACACCAAGCAAUGGCCUCCACAAACCACAGUCUCUAGAUGGCCUAUUCAGUGACUCCUCUUCAUCUCUUCCCCUUGCUUGUUCAGCAAAUGAAGUAGACGUGCAGGUGCUAGUUCAUGUUCAGAAACACCUGAGCGCUCAGGUGAGCCACGGGCAGUAUGUGUUCCUGCUCAGACUGCAACAUGCUGUGAAAACUCUGCAGCGCACUAUACAGCAAGAUCUGGAGCAGUACGGCUCCAAGCGCCAGGGUCCCACACAACCCUUCAGUGCCUGUGUGGGUGUGCUCAUGAAAAGUGCAGAAGUUGCUCUUCUCCUAAAGCCUAUUCCCCAACCAGAUUUUAGCACCAGCCCCUUGAACUCUGACGUCUCGCCUUCAGAAAGCAGGGCCACUCUUGAAGCUGGGAGUGAGGUGAGCGAGGGACAUGAGAGACCCUCGGCUGCAGGAGAGGGUACUCGAAAUGUGGAUCAGCUCCUCUGCGCAGAUAGAAAUUCCAUCAACGCAUCUCCUCUCCUUCCGUCCUCGUCUUCUGCUCUGAGAAAAGCGUCUAUGGAUGAGAGGAGUAGUGUGGCUUCUGGAGGGAGGGUACCAUCUGAGGAGAAGAAGGAAUUGAGGGAGGGAUCACCCGAUGGGGAUACUAGCAAUGAAAUAUCUCAAGGUGGAACUUCUGUAGUGGAUCCCAUCUCUGACACUUCUUCAAGGGAAUGGAAUGACAAGAGUCAGGGAGCCAGAUUGCCUCAGUCCAUGUCCAGUGGUCGUUUGAUGCAGGGCAAGUCGCAGUCAAGUUUCUCAGUGUCCUAUAAGAAUAUGAAGAAAAGUCCUUCACUACAGUCUUUGGAUGAUCUCUCCAUGGACAGCUAUCUACUAGAGGACUGUGACAGCUACAGCCUGCUGGACAGAGAUGAUGUAUCGAUCUCUGGUUUUAAGGAGGCAUUGAAUGAACAUAUUUCCGCAGAAGGCUCUGUGGCUCUUGCUCAGGAGGCAGAUGAAGCCCAGUCACCUGAUGCCAUCAGUGCUGCCUCUCAGAGCAUUGACGAACCCAUGAAAGACCUUGUGUCUGUGCUGGUUAUGAAGGUUCACUCAGUCUGCUGUUCUCUGGAUCUGAAGGGUGAUGAUACAGCUGUAGCUCUGGAAGUGGGACGGGUUCGACCCAAUCAGCUCGGAAAUGUCAGUUUGCGGCAGUAUCUUAGCAACCGUAGCCUGGGUUUAGUGUCUUCUGCAUCAGUCGCUCAGAGUGGUGAAGGUACUUUAAGUUCUGGGUCAGGGUCAGACCCCAGUGCGGUGUUAUUGAAUCCCGAGGUGCAGGUGAGGCUGGAGAGUGGUCCAGGUGCUGCGGUUCACUCUCCUCUGGCUGAACAGAACGGUUUUCUGCAGUGCCACCUGCAGGCCUUCAGCGCUGACUUCCUGAUGACGUCACUGCGAAACCUUGCCCUCUUCCUGGAGGAUGACUCCGCCUCUCAGGUUCUGCCAAUGGAGAUCACCAUUAAAGACACACACGUCAACCUGAAGGAUGAUGGUCCUCGUGACAACAGCUCAGAGCCGGAGCCCACACCCAUCGCUGUGCACAUUCAUAAUCUGCUCAUCCAUCGACAAGACGAUGGCUCGUUCAGCAUCGGAGGAGCUGAACGCGCUGUGGACUCCCAGCUUCAGACGGCGGGGCCUGUGAAUGACAGCAGGCUCAGUUCUGUCCCUGAAGUUCCUGUAGGUGUGAAAGCCACUCAGACUGCUCCUCUGUCACCCACAAGCCCCGGCCCCUCGAGUAGAGAACAGCUGCUCGUGGAGGAGAAUGAAUGCUUGAAGCUGGAGCUCUCCAAAGCCAAGAUGGCGUUAGCAGAAGCCCAGAUGGAGAAAGACUCUCUCCAGCAUCAAAUGAAGACGCUUAAACUCACCAGCGGGGGCAGCAAUAGCUAGUGUGUGUGUAUGUGUUUGUGUGUGUGUUCAUACGGGACAGACACUCGCCACAGGGGGGCAGCAGAGGGCUUGGAGGGGCCCGGAGCCAUAUCAAAUCCCAAAUCUGCAGCAGAGAAGAUGAUGGUGUGUGUGUGUGAGAUGGAGAUCCAGACUUUGAAAUCAAAGAAUAGUAUUUUUUUUCAUCGUAAUGUACACACAAUCAGAUCAUGUGUUGAAAAAAAAAACUCUUCAAGCCUUUGGAGCUUCACAUACUUUUUUUUUUGCUUUUAUUAUUUACUUGCGCUCUUCGUUUGCAGUGUAGAAGCACAUUCCACCCUUGACCUUUGACCCCAGGACAGUCUUACACUGAUAGUGUUGAAUGUCAUAUCUAUGGAGGAAUGUCUUAAAAACUUCAUUUGCACUGUUAUGAACUUGUUUGUUUAACAAGGACUUGACUAAAAAACAAAAAUAGCACCUAAUAAAUUGUGUUUAUGUAUAGUAAUUGUGAUACACGCGAAUGUUUUGUUAAUAAGUGCGAUUGCGUUGGUGUGGGCUAAAAUUUGUACAUCUCAUUCAUUCAUUCUUAUGUUGAUGUUUGAAAAAUGGAAAUUAUGUAGAUGGACACUACCGGUUUUGCAUUGCACGGCUUUAUUUUUCUCUUAUGUUUAUGUUUGCAGUGCAAUACUUUUGGUAUUAGUUCAGUAUUUGCAACUAAAAACACAGCUUCAUUCCACGUUUGUCUGUUUUUUUUUUUUUUUUGUUAAACUUAAACUUAAUUGUUGAUUUUACAGGUGCUUUUUCUGCUGGAAUGUCAUUUAAUCUGAACAGGGAAUGUUUAGAUGUCAUUUUGUCAUAAUUUUGAUCUGAUUACCAGCAUUUCUGCACAAAAAUAACAACUAAAAAAAAUCAAAACAAAAAUGGAUGUUUGAGGAAAACAGCUUUUUUUCGUCUUUUAAACAAAUGGAAUUCUAGGAUUUGUUUUUGGCUCUUAUUAUUUAUGCUGUAAAAGAAAAGGGGCCUGUCUUAUUGUGAAAUAUCAUGUAAAAAUGUUUUUUCCUGCCCUUGUUUUUCUUCUUUCUUUGUUUUUUCUCUCUCUACAGCAGCCUCUACAAGUGCCUGCAACAGCACACCUUCUCCAGAGGAUCUGCUUGAUUUCUCAAAACGAAUGUUUCAUUGCUCUUCAAGACACGAGCUUCCAUCUGGAGACAAUUUUCAGAUGCUUGGACUUGAACUUGGAGAGCUGAAUGACAAACACUUGAUUGUAGGUGAUUAAAAAACAAAACUUCUCUUCUGUAGUGCUAGGCCACACCCGCAUUUCACACUAACCCCGCCCUGAUGUUAAAGACACAGCCCUUAGAGAGGGAGGCCCACCUCUUUAGCACAAAUAAUGAACAAUGAUGCUCAAUCAAGGAAACUUGUGAAACGAUUAUGCCUCUUGUUCAUCGGAAGCUGCUGAAGUACACAGACAUCUGAAAUAAAAUUAAACCUGUUUUAUUAA